AUUAGCGGAGAGACACAGACACAGACGGAGACCAGGAGCUCGAGUAUGAAGAAAAUCUUUCUCUGGCUGUCAGUACUUGUUGCUGAGCUCUACGUCAACAAAUGUCUCGGUGGCGAGUCAAACCAAUGUCUGGUCGGAAACUUGAUGGAAACGUGUACCGCCACCAUACGGGCUCAGCAGGCAGAAAUACAGGACAUCCGACAAACAUUCACUGCUGACCUGAACGAUCUGAGACAACAGUUUACACAGCAAGAAGAAGAGACGAAGGUCAUCCGACAAACAUUCACUGCUGACCUGAACGAUCUGAGACAACAGUUUACACAGCAAGAAGAAGAGACGAAGGACAUCCGACAAACAUUCACUGCUGACCUGAACGAUCUGAGACAACAGUUUACACAGCAAGAAGAAGAGACGAAGGUCUUUCAGGAAUCGGUCAAUAACACGACCAGGUUGCUCUUGGACCGCACACAAAUUCAAGAUGAACAGAUAGAAAAGCUUCAACAAAAUAUAACAUCACUCUCGUCAAUUGCCAACCGUCUUCAACAUGAAUUUCAGAAACUGCAAACCACUGUGGAUAAACACAAUUCCACUCUGGAGGAACAUUCAAACGAUCUGAAGACUCUUCAGCAAGACGUAUCAAAAGCUGCAGAAGCUAUGGACGCCCUGAACAUGACUUCUCAGACUCUUCAGCAGCGCGUUUCACAAGCGGAAGAAACAAUUGGCACUGUAAACAUGACUUUUCAACUGACUAGCGACAAACUGCAGCCAUUUCUCGAGCCUCUGAAAACUGAGAUCAAUGAAGUCAACGAAUCUCUCACUAACUUUGUCAUGAAAGAAGAUGCGAUUGUUGCUCUUGGUCACGUAUCCGGUAACAAUACGAUCACAAAAAUUAGUGGAAAUGGAGUUGUAGAUGAAUGGAACACUUUACUAAACUCUGCGAACUCUCCUAUUUUACAAGGAGGCAUGCAAUUUGAUGGCAUUGCCUUUACAGUGCCAAAGAAUGGAACGUACUUUAUCUAUGGAAUGCUAACAUCUGAGCAAGAAUCAAAUAAUGCGGACUGCGUAUGGGAAAUAGGGAUUGAGAAGACAGAUCGUCUGACAAUGAAUGGAGUAGGAGAGAGUAGCAAAAAGAUUGGCCUAUUUGCGAGUCUAGUGUUCGAGCUUAGCGAAGGGGAUGAAGAGAUUCGUCGAACAUUCUAUGCUGAACUGGCUGAUAUGAGACAAAAGCAUCAACUUCAUGAAUUGAGGACGAAGGUUUUUCAAGGGUCGAUCACUAACACAACAGCGAUGUUACAAAACCACACACGCACACAAGAUGAACAGACUAUUCAGCAACGCGUUUCAAAAGCGGAAAAAUAUAUUGCUACUAAAAAUGUGACUUCUCAGGAUGCAGUUGUUGCUGUUGGAAUAGCAGUCGGUUUUGGAGAAGUAUUAGAUUUCUCUACUACAGCAACUGCUUUAGAUUCAAUGUUUUCGAAUACUCCUAUCUUAGAAGGAGGCAUGACAUAUAGUUUCGGUACCUUUACUGUGCCAAAGAAUGGAACAUACUACAUCUACGGAAUGCUAACAGCUGAUCAAGAUUCAUCUAGUGCAGAUUGCGUAUUCGGAAUACAAAUAUCGGGCACUGUGCGUCUGAGAAUGAAUGGAGUAGCAGCAAGUGGCACAAAGACUGGACUAUUCGCAAGUCUAGCGUUCGUGCUUACCAAAGGAGAUUCAGUUGCUAUGUUUGCAUCAAUCUCUAUUGAUUACAAGAGACCAACACUCAUUGAAGACAAUUCGUUAGUCAUGUAG